AUGCAGUACACCCCUUUUGCUUCCGACAUCGAAUUACCUUUCUAUACUUCACUGGCGUCCCAUAAGAUCAACCAUGACAAACUAGAUGACUCCACCCGGCCCGUUCUGGGAUUAUACGAGAUCCGUCCCUCUGAUCCCGAGGCUGCGUCAUGUCGAAUCCAAAUUCAUGGGAACGCCCUCGCCGGCAACGAGGCACCAGCUGGUUAUUACAGAGCAGAAGGCAUGAUCAAAAACGUCAAUACCGUUGAAGAAUAUCGAAACAUGGACAGAUCCAAACUGCUCCAUCAAGCCGGACAAAUGAUAUGGGAUGCCAUCAACGAUGGAACAAUACUUUCAUGCCCUUCCUUACUCUGCAGUUUCUUUAUUGUAUCUUUUGCCGACCUCAAAAAAUACAACUUCUACUACUGGUUUGCUUUUCCGGCAAUCCAUUCGGAUACUCAAUGGAUCCCCAUGCAACCAAUAAAUCAAGUAUCCCACCCAAACCAGGAUCUUGAUAUUAACAGUCUGAAGGGAACACACUUACAUCCGCAUGAGAGCACUGCCUUAGUGGAAGCAGUGCAAACAUGGUCAUAUAUUGUGGACCAUCGGCAACGAGGCUUCUUUUUGGCUCGAAAAACCAGACAGCGCCCCGAUAACGACCCCGAGACAAAGAGCAGCCAAGAAGAUGAUACAUCAAAUAGCAACUGGCAGAUAGCGUCACUUUCCGAAUACGAAAAUGGGUUUUUCAAGGAUGCCGCUGCUAAAGACCGCUAUUUCUGUUUCUCAGACCCAUCAAAUUAUGAACAGGCCCCAGGGUGGAUGUUGAGGAACCUACUCGUCCUGAUAAAGCAGCGAUGGGGCCUCAAACGGGUACAGUUGAUACGCUAUCGCGACGUGCACGCGAAGCGUGAUCAAGGGCGCAGUACAGUGAUUCAGCUAGAGUCAAGCUCAAAACAAGAGCCCAAGACCCCGGAAUCACGGCAGAACCAAGGGCCGUCGCCGUUGCCAAAGGUGACCGGCUGGGAACGUAACUCGACUGGGAAAUUGGCAGGGAGGAUUGUCAAUCUUACAGAGUACAUGGAUCCCAAGAGAUUAGCAGAUCAGUCGGUUGAUCUCAACCUCAAACUCAUCAAAUGGCGGAUCAGCCCAACGCUCGAUCUUGAGAAAAUCAAGCACACCAAAUGUCUCUUGCUAGGAGCUGGUACAUUAGGUAGCUAUGUUUCCCGAAAUCUGCUCGGCUGGGGCGUGAAGAAUAUCACUUUCGUUGACAACGGAACCGUUUCAUUUUCCAACCCUGUUCGGCAACCACUAUUCAAUUUUGAAGACUGCUUGAAUGGUGGCGUUCGAAAAGCACAUCGGGCAUCCGAAGCCCUAACCCAAAUUUACCCAGGAGUAGAGACUACAGGUCAUGUGCUCUCUGUGCCCAUGGCAGGACACCCUAUUAUGGACGAAAAGGCGAUAAGGGCCGAUUUUGAUCAUCUCAAAAUAUUGAUUGAUGAACAUGAUGCCAUCUUCCUCCUUAUGGAUACCAGAGAAUCACGAUGGCUGCCUACAGUGAUGGGGAAGGCGGCAGGGAAAAUCGUGAUGAAUGCAGCCCUAGGGUUUGAUUCCUUUGUGGUGAUGCGCCAUGGCAUUAUGGAGAAUGGAAAUAUGCCAGCUGAGCUUGGGUGCUAUUUCUGCAACGAUGUAGUAGCACCAGCUAAUUCCAUCAAAGAUCAAACUCUCGACCAGCAAUGCACAGUAACACGUCCUGGAGUGGCUCCUAUAGCCUCUGCACUUUUGGUGGAGCUUUUUGUGUCACUCCUUCAGCACCCCCAAGGCGCUGCUGCACCGGCCCCCAUUUCCCGCAAUACCGAGCGUGAUGAUCAUCCUUUAGGCAUUGUGCCCCAUCAAAUACGAGGAUUUCUCUCUAAAUUCGAGAACUUGUCUGUCACCGGCAAAAGUUAUUCGAGUUGCAGUGCAUGCUCGACUAAAAUCGUCAGUGCAUACCGCGAACAGGGUUGGGACUUCGUGCGAAGAGCCUUGAAUGAAGAUGGAUAUGUCGAAGAAUUGAGUGGACUGAAAGAGGUUCAUGAGAAGGCAGAAGCAGCACUAGCUGAUAUUGAGUGGGAUGAGGCAUCUGACGACGAGGAGAUCGAGAUCAUUUAG